AUCCCCAAAUAAAAGUACCCCCCCUUCUUUAUUUUGGUACCUCAACAAAUAAUGUUACAACUGUUAAACCACCACAUGCGCUAGAAUCAUAAAAAAGUAUCUAGUCAUUAAGACCUUUUUAAGGCCUGGUGAUUAAAAGGUUAACCAAUGAACGCUCUAUCGCUAGUAAGGACAGUGCUUAGCGGUUAUUGUGGGGCGCAGGUCACACAGCAAUAACUUGUCACUGUGGGGCAGGAGGCAGUAAAAACCAAUCAGCGCCCUCCUUGGCAGUGAAUGUCUAUUACGCUGCACAAUUUUAGGGUCAAUUAUUAGGAAAAAAUGCUCAUAGGAACGCCCAUUCCUGAUCACUGGCCCGUAGAAGGGCCCAUUCACACGACUGUAUAUUUGUGUCCACAUCUGUUCUGGUCUUACAAUUGCGGACAAGAAUUGGCAUUUCUAUCAGUUGCUAGCCGUGACCGUUCCGCAAAAUGCACGCCUAAUCAGAACUGAAUGCGGGAGGAACAGUAGUAGCGAUCAUUCCUCCCUGUAAAAGGCCGAUGCAAACGAACACAGACUUUUUUUGCUCCCCCCUUGAAAUACAGCAACAUGACCCCCAGAUUUAAAAAAAGUGUGUGUGUGUGUGUGUAUAUAUAUAUAACUAAGGCUGUGCACCCCUGCUCCAGGCGUGGAGAAGGGCAUUUAUCGGUAUGUCUAAGGCCAUAUGCCAGGGCCUAUUUUCUAUGCAGGGGAGGAAGGGGUUAACUGUCCCCUUUCACCUCAGUUCCUGUCAGUGUUACCAUUGCGUUUCCCACAGCAAGCCUUUAGCUAAUGUCACACGGUGGGCUCUGCUACAUAACGGCAGCCAGUGUGGGUCAGCCCUCGGCAUGUCAUCCGCUGCCCUGGGCUGAGGUAACCAGGCGCUGAGCCCGGGCCGCGCAUGCACGUCGCCAGAGCAGCCCCGCGCGCCGCCUGGAAGAGGAGGAGGAUUAGGAGGAAGACGAGCCCCGGUCGCCCCUCUCCCAUGCUGCUAUCACCACAGCCGCCGCCGCUGUUGUUGUUGUUGUCGUCCCCGCAGCAGCUCUCGCCCUGUCCGGCCGGUCAGCUUCCCCGUUUCUUCUCUGUGGCCGGAGCACACACCCAUAGAGCUGCCAGUGCCCGGCGAGCGGGUGAUGGGGGGGAGGGAGGGUUUGGGGUGAUUACCGGGGACAUGCGUGUGGCAUGUAGCGCGUUCCUACAGCCAGGUGAGCGCUCAGGCGGCGGAGUGAACUACCCGGAACCCCGCGCGCACAGGCAAGGCGUGCUUCCCGGAGCAAUCCCCAGUCUGGCACUUGUCCCCGCCCCCGUCCGGGCUCUGGAAGGGGCGGGUGUUUGGAGACUAGACUUGCUUUGACGGCGAUGACGCUGCCCCCUGCGUCCCACAUAAAGAAGUAGGCAGGAGGGGAGCCGGACAGUCGGGGAAACUUCUGCGCUCACACUUCGGGAUCCCGUACUACAGGAGACGAGCGGCCGGGAGAACAUGUCCUGCCCCGGGGCUGGCUGAUCCUCCUCCUCCAGGAACCGACUUUGGGCAUUAUUUUCGGUCUGGAGAGUCUUCUGCAGCUUGUUGUGGAUUUAUUUAUUAUUUUUUUUAUUACUUUUUGCUUCUACUUGGAAAUUUUUGUUUUCGGACCCCAUGAUCCCCAGGACUCAACGAAGUUCUUGCGCAGGACAAGCAGAUUGUAUCUAAUCUGGCUUUUUCGAGGACUGCUUUGCAUUGAUUCAGGAGCACGAAGCUUUGUCAUGGAUCUGAGGCCUACUGUUCUAUUUCUAUUCUGGACUUCCCUAUCGUUACAACUGAAAGACUUGGCCGGACAUAAGGUCUAUACAAACACAUGGGCAGUCCACGUACCAGGCGGUCCUGCAGUGGCUGAUCGAAUAUCCAAAAAAUAUGGCUUCAUUAACCACGGCCAGAUCUUUGAGGAUUAUUAUCAUUUUCAUCAUCGGGCUGUGGUGAAGAGAUCUUUAACACCUCACAGAACCAGACAUUUCAUGCUAAACAGAGAUCCUCAGGUGCACUGGGCAGAACAGCAGGUGGCAAAGAAAAGAAGGAAAAGAGAUAUUUUUACAGAACCAACAGACCCAAAAUUUCCACUGCAGUGGUAUUUGUAUGAUGCAAGCCGUCAUGAUUUGCAUGUGAACGAAGCUUGGGCUCAGGGUUACACUGGUAAAGGCAUUGUGGUCUCCAUCCUGGAUGAUGGUAUUGAAAAGAACCACCCAGACUUGCAAGGAAAUUAUGAUCCAGCUGCCAGCUAUGAUGUCAAUGACCAGGAUCCGGAUCCCCAACCUCGAUAUACGCAGCUCAAUGAUAAUAGGCAUGGAACCCGCUGUGCAGGAGAAGUAGCUGCUGUGGCAAAUAACGGGAUAUGUGGUGUUGGAAUAGCUUAUAAUGCCAAGAUUGGUGGUGUUCGGAUGCUGGACGGCGAAGUAACAGAUGCAGUUGAAGCAAGAUCACUAGGGCUAAGCCCCAACCACAUUCACAUCUACAGCGCCAGUUGGGGACCAGAAGAUGAUGGAAAAACUGUAGAUGGCCCAGCCCAUCUUGCCGAAGAGGCCUUCUUCAGAGGUGUGAACCAGGGUCGUAAUGGUUUGGGCUCUAUAUACGUAUGGGCAUCUGGGAACGGCGGGAGAGAACACGACAGCUGCAAUUGCGAUGGCUACACAAACAGCAUCUAUACAUUGUCCAUUAGCAGCACCACCCAGCUGGGCAAUGUGCCGUGGUACAGCGAGGCCUGCUCCUCUACACUGGCAACCACGUACAGCAGCGGCAACCAGAAUGAAAAGCAGAUUGUAACAACUGAUUUAAGGCAGAAAUGUACCGACACUCAUACUGGAACAUCUGCGUCCGCCCCUCUGGCUGCUGGAAUCAUUGCUCUAGCUCUGGAAGCAAAUAAUAAUCUCACAUGGAGAGAUAUGCAACAUCUAGUGGUGCGGACCUCAAAUCCAGCGCAUCUCAACACGAAUGACUGGAUCACAAAUGGAGUUGGUCGGAAAGUCAGCCAUUCUUACGGCUAUGGUCUACUGGAUGCUGGCGCCAUGGUUGCUCUGGCUAAGAACUGGACCACCGUGGGACCCCAGAGAAAAUGUGUUAUUAACAUUCUCACAGAAUCUAAGGACAUAGGGAAGCGAUUGGAGGUCAGGCGAAAAGUGGAACCCUGCAACGGGAUGUCCAAUUACAUCAGCACCUUGGAGCAUGUUCAAGCCAGGCUAACAUUGUCCUACAAUCGCAGAGGAGACCUCGCCAUUUAUCUGACAAGUCCUAUGGGCACCCGUUCCAGUCUGCUGGCACCUAGGCCUCACGAUUAUUCUGGCGAUGGAUUUAAUGACUGGGCUUUUAUGACCACACAUUCUUGGGAUGAGGACCCUGCAGGAGAGUGGGUACUAGAGAUUGAAAACGCAAGUGGAAACAAUAACUAUGGAACCUUGACGCAGUUUAUGUUGGUAUUGUACGGUACCGCCUCUGAUCCGCCAAGCAUUUCCAACCAAGUUGACGGUGGUGGGUGUAGAACCGUUGCCUCGGGCCAGUCCUGUGUCGUUUGUGAAGAAGGCUUCUACCUGCAUCAGAAGACCUGUGUGAAGUCUUGUCCACCUGGCUACACUGGCAGCGUCCAAAGUAUCCAAUACACACUGGAGAACAGCAUAGAGCCACUACUGGCCAAUGUUUGUGUGGCAUGCCAUCCUUCCUGCUCCACCUGCAAAGGCACUAGUCUAAAUGACUGUCUUACUUGUCCUGCACACUCACACUACAAUGUGCUGGACUUCUCCUGUUCACACCAGGCUCAGAUUAGCAGAGAAUCUCCACCAUUGAAAGAGGUGGUUGAAGAAGCUGUUGCCGUGACCUCAAACUUACCAAUAAUUGUGGCCAGCCUUAGCUGUGUCAUGAUUGUCGUCAUGUUUGUCUCAGUCUUUUUGUUCCUUCAAGUGCGCUCUGGGGUUAUCCUGGGCAAGAAGAAAUUGUAUAUGUUGGACAGUGGGAUAAUCUCUUACAAAGGGAUCCCGUCAGACAUGUGGCAUGAAGAAGGAUUCUCGGAGUCUGAAAUAGAGGAGUUUGAUCCUCACAAUGAGAGAACUGCUUUUAUAAAGCAACAGAGUGCCCUUUGACAGUUGUGACAUCAGCCCAAAACGUCAUGAUACAGACUCAAUUUAGGUUUGCUUUCAACACUGGACCCGUCUUUGUAGGUACUGAGGUAACCAUCAACAUUAUGAUGAGGAUUAUUCCAUCCAGUGCUCUGGCGAAAGUCCAGGAAAUGCCUAAAGUUUAAUUUUCUCAAGCAUUUUUUUUUCCCCAUCUAUCUUCCUCCUUUUGUCUACUCAUCUUUGUGUGGGUUUGUAUCAUUUUUUUUUUUUAUUCUCAUUUCCCAGGAUGAUCUUUUUAAACAUACAGUGCCUAUGAAAUGUCCAUACUAGUUUCUGUAGAUUUCCUUACUUGACUUUGAAGCAGGUACCAUGAACCCUUUCAGUGCCAGAAUGAGGACCUAUUCUUCAAUAAUGCAAUGGUAGUUGUGAUUUAUUCCCAGCAAGUAAGUACAAUGCGAGAGGUAUUGUGGAAGCGCAGAAAAUGAAUAGCCUGGCUGACAGGAACCUCCUUGUAGGUUGUAAAGCAUUUUACAACAAUUCAGUGGAAAGCAGUACAUCAAAGUCUCCGUUCUGGAUUGGUAAUCUAUGUAGAGAAGCAAGGUCAUGUCUCAUACACUAAUAGGAUCGUCUGCCUGGGCUUGGCAGAGGGAUAUCCCAGUCAACACGCUGCAGAAUGUUAAUAUGCUACAGAGAGUAGCUUGCAUUGCUGCCGUUUCUAGGACGAACAUAUAGUCGCACUUUAGGGGAGCACGCAAUUAUAGGAUGUCUGCAUUUUGUAAUAGUGAAAAUAAGGUUUAGUAACAAUGUCUAUAGGUUAGACUCGAAGAAAGGCCUGCAGCACAGUUCAGUACUGUGGACCAUGGGAGAAAUAUUGGGUGCUUUGCUUGUUUUUCAGCUCUUCAUGGUCACACGGGUUAUGUGUAGGCUUCCUGCAGUUUGGUGAGGAUUUGUUAUUGCCACCCACCCUGGCACCACUGAUUUCCAUCACAGACUGAGGGGGACCACACAGUAUAGAUACAUAUGUAGGCUCUAGUAUAGAGAAUAUUUUCCAAAACGUCUUAGUAAUGACAAAAGGAUGAUAAUUGCUGCUUAGACUGUUCACCAAAUGUCUUCUCCAUUGUGAGAAAUGCUGCUAUAUCUUUCGAGGAGGUGGAGAAAGCCAGAGUAGGAAAUACCAAAUCAGACCUCUGUAAUCUCCUGAAUCCCAUGCAUAGUCUAUUCCAAAUCUAUGAUUUUUUUUUUUUUUCUCUUUUCUCUUUUCUCUUUUCUUUUUUCUUUUUAUUGCUGUAGAGCAGGGGUCAGCAACAUCUGGCACCCCAGCUGUUGUGAAACUCAAACUCUCAACUUACUCAAUACCCUUAUGUGAGAACUACUAAAACAGCUGAGCAAGUGUGCAUGCUGGGGGUGGUGGUUUCAUAACAGCUGGGGUGCUGGAGGUUGCUGAUACUUGCUGUAGGAUGAUUAAAAUGUAAUGGAUUUGAUUGUGUUCAUUGUAUGUCAGUAAUGUAAAAGGGAGGUAAACUGCGUUUGUGUAGAUUUUUCAGUGUGUGUUUUAGUUGUGUUUUUUGAGAUAGGAUGUUCUUUGACUUUUAGUCUCUUGUUCUACAUACAUUCCAGAUUUAUGCCUUGUAAAUUGUGUGGUUGAAGGCUCUACUAAUCAUUAACCGUAUGGAACCAUCUACAGUAGACUUGGGAUGUGUUCACGUGUGUCAGAUCUAACAUUGAAUUUGGCUGGGAUUCUGUGUCAAUAUGUCAGUCAAAUCAAGCAGCAGUUCGCAUCCCAUGUAUGUGCGUGGGGUUUCCGCAACUCUGCUCGCAUGCUAUGGAAAUUUUCUGGGCAAAAAAAAAUCUCCCAUGAAAAUAAGUAGCAUAAUGAAAAUGCCAUUAAUAACAGUGGGGCUAAUCUUCAUGUUGUUGCAAACUAGUAGCACAUCCUUGGCCGAAACCGAUGUGUAAACCUUGGCUCUUAUAAUAAGAUACAUGUUGAAUCUGCAGUAUGCAAAACUGAUACAUGUGAACAUACCCUUACUAUUUAAACUUUUAAAUUUGCAUUCUAGAUUUGCUUGUGUGUUUUUUUUUUUUGUUUUUUUUUUUUGUUUUUUUUAAUGUAUGGAAACAUCCUAAGAGUUAUACCAUUGGUACUGCUGGUCACUUCAAGAUUGAAGCAAUCCCAUCAAUUCUAUAGACCCGAAGCAUUCUGACUAAGUUAUACUAUAUUAAAAAUGCACAUACAGUAUCAACACUAGACCAGUUAAGUGCAUAGAUCAGUGCUUCUAUUUUGGUGCCAUUGUUGGCAUAUAGUUUGCAGAAAGCACCAGAGCAAUAAGCUCCAUCUUUAGAGCAUUUUCUUCUGUAAUGAGCACAGGCAGUAUAAUAUAAUUACAUUAAUAAUAUAGCAUUCACACUUGUAAAGGAAGCAAUUCCAUAAUAACAUACUGCUAGGAAAAUUAAUAUCUAUAAUAUUUCCUACUCUAAUCUUCAAAGAGAAGUGUGGCAACCAAAACAGGUGCUCACAGAUUAAAAACGUAUAAACAUAUUUAAAAAUUAUACAAAAAAAAGGUUCUGCACACUAUAAAUAAUGCUCACCUCUAGAUAUUGUGCUAAUAGGCACAACACUAUCACAUCACCUGUAUAGGCGAAUGAAAUGGUCGGUGCCACAAAUUGUUGGAUCCUCAGUCUGAGAGCCAGUCAUCAGGAGGAGGUAUCAGGAUUGAUGUAAUUGAUCUUGAGGAAGAUCAGCACUAAGUCGAGAACAUCUGAAGACUCAUCCCAAGACAAUUUGGGGUCAGACGUAUUUGGGUCUCUGAUAUGACGCAUUUCAGCGUUCUGGAUCCUUUUUCACUUCUUUUUCUGGGCUAAAACAGUCUCUGUAAAACUUGAAAAAGUAGCCCAGAAUGCGCCGUAUCAUAGAUAACCAAGUCCGAUACCAUAUGGUCUUCGAUUGCAUCUUGAGAUGUUCUUGACUUGGUGCUGAUCUUCACAAUCAAGCACAUCCCUCAGAGAAUUUCACUAUUUUGCUGUUAUGGCUGCUUAACUGCAGGCUAGGUUCUUGCAGGUAACCUAUAUCCAUCACCACAUUUGAGCUGGCUAUACAUUUUAAAUAGCUGUGUGACCCCCAACUUCCCCAUAUUCACCUGCAUGCUGGGCUUGGCUGAGUGUGCAUGUGUACUCAAUAGGAAGAUGGGAGUAAAGCUGGAUUUACACUAGCCAACUGAGUGGCCGAUUGUCAGAAAGGAAGCGUUCCUUCCCGACAGUUGGCCACUCGUUCAGUGAAGGAGACAACGCAUUUACAUGUAACUGUCUCCUUACCUGUAUGAGGACGAGGGAUCAUACUCGUACAAAAUCAUGGUUUCUGAGCAGCAGAUCACUAUUUAGACAGCACAAUCUGCUGCCCAGAAGCCAUGACUGGUGGUGCCUGCAUGAACGACAGGAUCGCCGAUGAAUGAGCGUUUUCGCGGGAACGGUCGUUCCCGGUAAUCUGUCUAAUUCUCGGGCCAUGUAAAUGCAGCUUAAGGAGCUGCUAGACACCUCUGUUGGCAGUUUAUCUCCCUUUUAGGACAAAAAUUAAACAUGCAUGACCCUUCUUUCCCUGACAUCUGCUAUUGGGGGAGAGUCAGGACACCGCUAUACACAUUAAAUGGUUGCCAUCUUGCCAAAAUCACCAGGUUUGGCCUACUUUCAGCUAAUGUGUAUAGCCACGUGUACUUGGGAACAUUGGGACAGAUUUACUGACCCGGUGGGUGGUGAUUUGGGAGCAGGCUAUGAUAUUGUUAGAGGUUACAACACGAGCCGGGGCAUUAAUUGCAUAGGAGUAUCACAAUUGCAGGCUUUGAGCUUAUUACUUUAAGUAUAGUUAACACUGUAACACAAAGGAAGCAUUUUUACCCAUACAUUUAUUUAGCGUUUUUAGUAGUUCUUGGCAUGUAGUUUCAAACUUCAGCUUAAUUUUCACAGGAUGGGCAGCUGGCGCCCUGUUACAUGGACCUGCUCCAGUUCGGAAAAAUACCCUUUACAUUGUUGACUUCUUGUUUAUCCCAUCUAGCUCUAAUGACGACUUAUCUGACCUGUGCAUACCCGGCCUCCGUUUUUGUUUAGCUGCUACUAAAGGAAAUAGAACCACCCUGCCAGUCUGGCUGUGAGCCAUCACCGUAAACCAGGCUUGUAAGAGUACGCUGUACUCUGCCUGUACUUGAAGUAACAAUACACCAAAUGUCACAGUUAAGUGUGGCUUUUAGAGAGCCGCCUGAUUUGUCUAGAUCUAUGCUUUGCAUGUAAAUACCUAAGGGUGCCUUCAGAUGCAGCAGAUUUUGUGGCAGAAAAUUCUGUGACCGAAAUCAGUUCCGUUCACCUUUUGCAGCUUGCAGAUAUCCAUGUGCUUGCAGAUGGAACAGAUUUUAUUUCUGCCACAAAAUGUGCUGAGAGAAGGCACCCUAAAUCUCUUUUCACCUCUACGUUCUAACUUCCUUUGCAUAUGCCAUUAUAUUUUACAGAAAAAGCUACUUGCAGUACUAUAUUUUUGCUGGCUAAAUGAUGGACACAGUGACACCCCAUUAUAAAUCAAGGGGGUCUUUUGGGAGCUGUCAGUAUCCAUCUUGUUACAGAUGCGUCACAGCUUGAAUUCAGAUUUUUCUGCAUCUGUGGCAGAACAAACAGUCGUGUCUCUAAGAGUAGACAUGAAGAUCAUUACAGAACUCUCUGCUCAACCAUACAAUUAUCUACAGACCUUUCUUAAAGGAGUUUUCCGAAAUUUUGAUACUGAUGACCUGUCUUCAGGAUAGGUCAUCAGUAUCAGAUCAAUGGGGGUCUAACACUCGGGACCUCAGCUGUUUGAGUAGGCACUGGUGCUCCUGUGAGUGCCUUGGCCUUCUCACAGCUUACCAAGCGCAGUGCUAUACAUAGUAUAGCGCCGAUGUUUGGUAUCGCGCUCAGCCCCUUUCACUCUGAUAACUGUACUGUACCUGUAAUGAGCUGCCAUUUCCAUUGAAUGACGGUGAGCAGAGAUCUUUAAGGGGUUUUUCCAGGCAUUUUGUCUAAUUACUGUAUGGUGCCAACCUGGAGAAGGAAGCCCUUUCACAUAGCAAUUACCAUGCCUAUUCCACCCAGUUCCAAACCGGAUGUUGCCCCUUCCUUUCCUGUUGAACAGCAUUAUGGUCAUGAACUCGCAGUGCGCCAGUGCAGGGGGAGAGAGGGAGGCCAAGUGCUAUGUAAAAGAGAGGUUCCCUUCAUGGGUUGGCACCAUUUGGUAAUUAGGCAAAAUGCCCGAUGAACCCCUUAAACAGUUUUGAGGAGUUGAAGUAAAACAUAUUGUGAAAACUUUCUCUUCAUUAUACAAGAAUAACCUUUCGGUGCUAAAACCGAAAUACUCUGAGUUGUAUGAUCUUGUGUUGAGAUGAGUCCAUGCUAAGGGAGCAAAGUGAUAAAAUGUGCAAAUGUCAAUGACUUUGAACUUUGCUCUUAACAGAAUGUAAGUGAACUUUGAUCAUGUAGGUUAAUAAUUGUCAUCUGCUAGAACACACUGUACAAAGCUUAUAAAGCAUUGUAUAUUGGGGUUGUCAUGUAAUGUAGUAAGCCCAUCAAAUGACGUGUAUUUACGCCUGCAGUGUUUACUGUCCCCUGGGUGGUUCUUUGAUAGUGAUUUCCUGAACGACUGUUGACUGUAUAUGUCUGGGGCAGUCAUCUCACAUCUCUGCAUGGACAUUUUAAAACAUCCUUGCAGACAUAACAGCAAUCAGUAACAGCUAUACUUCCAACAGAGAAGGUAGGGAUGUUUUUUCACCAUCCACUCCUUCCCCAUUGCUCUAUACACAGCGCUCAACAAGCACUGUAUAUAGAGAUCAGGAGGUAAAGAUGCCAUUCCUGCUCCCUGCCAGCGGCCAUGUAUUCGCUGGUGGCUGGGAGUCUGCAGGAGCUGCUAGAUCUUACCAGACCCAGACCAGCUUUGCAGUGAGGUUGUAUGCCCAUGUACAACCUCUGUGGGGGCUGUAUUCCCCCUGUAACCAGGAUUAAUAGGUCAGCCCUAGUUACAGGAGAAAUCAGCAAUUAAUUAAAAAAUAAAAUGUAAUGUUAAAUGUCCCCCAAAGAUCUAGUCUGACCUGAUGGUGGGGCACAAAGUGUAAAAUAAUAUUUUUUUUUAACAUUUUAAUGAGAAAAAUAAUCACAGCUUCUAGCCCAGUUCUUGGCUACCAUAACCUAAACAUUCCUAAUAUCAAAAUGACCUUUAUGAAAAGAAGACAUUCAUAAAAAAAAUAUAUAAACAUUUGUUGCAUGUUGUGCCAUUAGCAAAAAAUAUAAAAGUAAGAACAGACUUUUUUACCUUUUUACAAAAAUUCCUGGUUUAUAAAAAAAUUUACAAAAAAUAAUGAAAUAAAAAUGACAGCACCAUGUAUCACUGGAAAAAGAAAUUAUUUACAAAACAGAAUGGGAAAGUUAAAGCUUUCAAAGAUGCAUGUGCUAAAAAACAAAUGGAAAAUGCAUCUUGCCAGGAAUGGAGGGGGGGGGGGGGUGAUAAAUGGCCCAAGUCUUGAAUUAAAGAUAGUUUAGGUGACCUAGAUCAGAGCCACAUGUUUAUCUAGACGUCUUCAGGACACAAGGGUACGGUGUGUGUAUGGGCGCAUCUAAUGUUCUCUCAGAAGUCACAAUUGUGCUACACAUUUAAGGGGGAAAGCCACCAGUCCAUUCUCUAUUAUUGCAUCACAUAAUACAGAGAUGGUAAAGAUGGGUUUGUCAUUUUAUUCUAUAAUGCAGUACAUGAUAAGUCAUAGUUUAACACUUUUAGAAAUACAGAAAAAACCUAUUCUGGCUGCCCAGUAUAUGCAUAUAUACAGUGCAUGCUCUUUUCACACUACCAUCAUCUGCUCAUAUUGUAUCCAUGACGCUAGAGUUUUCAAACGAGUUUCAAUGAAUCCUGACAUAUUCCAUUGUAUUAUAUUGCUGUCUGCAAAGUUUCUAUCUGUUUUAUUACAUCAUGAAUUAUGCUGACCAGGCUUCAUGAAAAAGACAGCAAACUCAGUGCAGGUGUGAACAGAGCUUUAGUUGCAGCAUGCUACAUCUGCGUGUGUAAACCAUAUAGCUGCUAGUUUCCUGAAGACUUUAGGAAACGUCCCUCAGGUUUUCCCCCAUUCCCAUUAGAAACCAACAACCAUUUCAGGAUCUUUUGCUUUAUGAUUUUUCUUCCAUCGUUGGUGGCAGAUAUACAAGGGUGCUUUCACUGGCCACAUUCUCACAGGUCCAUUAUUUCGAGGCAGGAAACACCUGGCGUACAUUCUGCUCCAGAAUAGGAACUGAAAUAUCCUGUUAUAAUGGCAGAAAACAAUUCCCAACAUUUAUUAGCACAUGAACUGAAACCCUAGUAAUGUAUGUUAUAGCAGCUCACAAUUCUAGCCACAGGAGAAUCUGUUCACGAGGAAGUUUCACAGUUUGUUUUAACCUAAUUUCAGGAAUGUUUAGCAUUAAUAUUUAGUAAUGUCGUAAGGAGAUCUGCCUUGUAAGUGUAUUAUCUCACCUUAUGUUAAGAUAUUUAUUUCUUAUUGGGGGAGGGAGACCUGUGGUGGUCUUUGUUUUUAUCUAAACCCCAGUUUAUAUAAGAAAGCCCUUGUAAACCCAUACAGAUUUCCUGUCUGAGUCCCAGGAGCACAUUACUUGCAGUAUGUUUUGGUACUUACUAGACUGGGACUGACCAUACACUAGAUUGCAGUCGGCCAAGUGUGCAUGUGUUCUCAAUAGGCAGAAGUGAGUAAGGCUACUUUCACACUAGCGUUUUGGCUUUCCGUUCAGGGAUCUCGCAAGCGGUCCAGACCGGAUCAGUUUUGCCCUAAUGCAUU